GACUCAGUCGGGAGUACAAAUACGUUACUACGUUCCACCACGUUCCAUAGCUUUCUCAUGUGUCACCGCGUCGCGGGUGUGUGUACGCGCACGCCCGUCGUCAUCGUAGUGUCGUGUUUUAACGCCGUCAUCCGAGAGGGAGGAAAGUAAAAGAAAAGCGUGAUCCAGUGUCGUACGUCGAUCGCGGGAAAUUCCGCGAUCCCGGAUCUUGCGCGCGAUCGCGAGAGUGCGACGACUCCCCGUCCGAGGGAAUAACGGAGAAACGGUCAAGCGGGUGACGCGACGCGCGUAGAGGUACGCUCUCCUAUGUACGUGCAUGCUGCACGUUCGUGCAUGUGCUUGCGCGCGCGCGCGCGGCUGUACGUGAGGGAGCGAGACAGACGGUAGCGAAUCGACGGAGAGGAGCGAAAGAGUCGGGCGGUAGAGGAGGCGAGAAAAAAAGUGGGAAGUGUGUCGCGCGCUCGCGGCGCACCGUCGUCAUCGAGGAAGGUGCCCGGAAGUCGCCUACUACACGCGCGACUGCUGCGCGCCGACGAAUAGACAAAUAGACAAAGGGGAAAAAGUUACCGCGGGUGGGCGAGGUAGUCCCCGACGUAGAAGGAGCGAGAGAAAAAGAAGAGAGAAAGAGAGACACGAGACGAGAUCAGAAUACAGAGUACUACGAGGUGGAGGAAGGCACGGUUGCGUCAAGAAAGAAGAGGUGAUCCAUCAGCGGGAGCACGAGAGUUUCGCAUCCCGCGAGACAGAGAGACGCAUAAAGGGAGAGAGAAAGAGAGAUAAGAAGGAGCGAAGAGAAAAGGGUGGGAGAGGCGAGAGGAUUGCGUCGCGGACGGUGGAAUGUAAGAAGCGACCGAGCGGUGCCGUGUAAACACGCGUCUCGAGUGAACCGGAGCGGCCCACCAGCGACGUUCGAUUCGAUGUCGUUGGCUUUCCCGUCGUCCUCACCGUCGCCGUCGCCGUCGUACGGCAGUCCCGACGGUUCGCAUACAAGUAGAACUUGUACGGAAGGAGCAACCGGGAGCAACAUCUGUGGCAUCGAUCAUCGUCGCCGCCGGCACGGCAGACACGCGUAAAUGAAUCCACAUCACAAAUGACGUUGGGCGGACCGGGCAGACUAGCGAGGUGCUGGCUGGACUCGUCGUCGUCGUCGUCGUCGUCGUCUUCUUCGUCGGUUUAACGAACAAAGAGCGGCACGAGAUGAAUCGAAGAGUGGGAUACAGCAAUUACGAUGGCAAGAUCGCCGGUCUUUACGAUCUGGAGGAGACUCUCGGCCGCGGUCACUUCGCCGUGGUGAAGCUGGCACGACACGUUUUCACCGGUGAGAAGGUGGCAGUGAAGGUGAUCGACAAGAGUAAGCUCGAUGAGGUUUCGAGAGCUCAUCUCUUCCAGGAGGUGCGGUGCAUGAAGCUGGUGCAGCAUCCCAAUGUGGUGCGGUUAUACGAGGUGAUAGACACGCAGACCAAGCUAUACCUAAUUCUAGAGCUCGGCGAUGGCGGGGAUCUCUACGAUUACAUCAUGCGCCACGACAGCGGCCUCAGCGAAGAGGUGGCCAGGACUUACUUUCGGCAGAUAGUUAGAGCCAUAUCUUACUGUCAUCGUUUACAUGUAGUGCACAGAGAUUUGAAACCCGAGAAUGUCGUGUUCUUCGAAAAGCUGGGUACGGUGAAGCUUACGGACUUUGGGUUUAGCAAUAGAUUUUGUCCUGGUCAGAAGCUCGAGACUUCGUGCGGCUCAUUAGCGUACUCCGCUCCAGAGAUACUUCUAGGCGAUAGUUAUGAUGCCCCCGCAGUAGAUGUUUGGUCGUUAGGUGUAAUACUAUACAUGUUAGUAUGCGGUCAAGCGCCGUUUCAAGAAGCGAACGACAGUGAGACGCUAACGAUGAUUAUGGACUGCAAGUAUUCAAUUCCGUCGCACGUGUCUGACGGUUGCAAGCGGUUGAUCGCGAGAAUGCUCGUGCGAGAACCCGAAGGCCGAGCGUCCCUCGAGGAGAUAGCUGCGGAUCCGUGGUUAGCGAUCGGUUCCGACUUGGACACGAUGGAGACGCUACCGCUCGUGUCACGUCAACAAGUCUCCGAUGAUCAUCACAAUCACAUAAUUACCAAAAUGGUUAACGGUAACAUCGCCACCAAGGAAGAGAUAUUGGACGCGCUCGACAAGAACGAAUACAACCACAUCACCGCGACGUAUUUCUUGCUAGCUGAGAGGAAAUUGCGCGCUCAUCGACAAGAACAGAUACAGAAAAGUCGUCCAGAAGCCCUGGAUGUUUCCUCAAGCCGGCAGGAUGAUCUGACAACAAAUCUGCGCACAGAUGAGAAUUCCCUGGGUACUAUGAACCAGUCGCUAUUAAGCGUGCCACGGACACCUGGUGACGUACCGCAGAACGUGCGUUCGCGCAAGUGCAGUAUUGUUCAAGAAGAAGAAGAUGAGGACGACGUGUCCUCAUGCUCUGGCCGAGAUGAACAUGGCAGUAAUUCGGCGCUAAAUUCCCUUAAUCGUCGUGGUUCCCGUUCCGAGGGAAAACUCUCGCAUAUUCUACAGGAGCGAUUAUCGCAGCUUCCGGAGAAGCAUACCAGCACGAAGCCCGUGUUGAGUCAACGGCAUCCACAUCAAAAAGAGGAUACCGUCAUUGCCGAAUCAUCGCAUAGGGGAGAAAGACUGAAGCAGAUUUCGAAAAACGAAAAGGAUAAGACGUCGUCGCCGAUGCAUCUAAGAGGAGCAGACAAAGUCCAAAUGGGCAACGUACUCUUGGAGAAACUGCCCAUAACUCCGCGGAUUACCAUGACGUGCGAGGAAAAUCUGAAGAACCGAUUGAGUGGCGCGAACUCUCCAUCGUCCGGAUGGGCAGCUAGAAAAGCCACUACUACGGAAACUAAACCUAAAUCGGUAACGGAGUGUCUAAAAUCGACCGGACCGAUACCGGCGAAUAAGUGGAGAAUGGGUUCUCAACACCAUCGGUUUAGUGUGCCGCUCACAGAGUCCUCAUCAAUGAUUCCCUCAAAACCGUCCGACGUAUCUACAACGAUGACAACGACGACUACUACUAAAACACUACAUGAAUCGUCAACCGUCUCGAUACCUCUUCAUCCGAUUAGUGACAAUCAAGUGACGUUAACACCUAAAUACAAGACGAUGCCGUCACCCAGCGGUGCUUCUACGAAGCAACCCACGCUCAAUGAAAUCCUGGAGGAUGGGGAUGGCACGCAAGCAUCGAUGAACUCCACGAACUGCGGAGAUUCGACAACUAAAUGCCGCGUUGUUAGGCGAACAACAUAUGAGCAACGGAGAAGCAAGUUCCACAAGACGCGCACAACCUCCUGUUCGAGUUCGGACGCCAGCGACGAUGACAGCGAGAGUAGGAAAAAGAGGGCGCACAAACUCGGUGCAUCCACGGGCAAACCCUUACCUCCGAGACGCGAUAGUCACGAUGACUCGAGCGAUUCGCAGGAUCCAGGAGGAAGCGGUGGCGGACGUGGUGGAGUUGGUGGAGGAGGGAGCGGAGUGAGCAAUGGCGAACACACAACGACGGAUACACCGACGACAACCGAGAGCAAUCGAAACGAAAGUGGCAGCGGCACUAACACGACAAACACGAGCACAACGAAUGGAGGAGGACGGCAUCGAUGCACCGAGAACCAGGUAAUGUUUGGCAGGAGACAUCGCGCUGGUAGGAGAAGAGCCGGCGAGACGCGAUUACGUGAGAGCCAGUCGUUGAAUCGUAUCACCGAGGUUCAGGAGGCCGAGGCACCCUCAUCUUGUCACAAUCAUUGUCAUGUGUCGCGCAAUUCGACUGCAAUUGGCACGCAGAACGUCUCCUCAUCGUCAGCGUCGUCGGUAUCGCAGAAUAGCACUACUUCUCAGCACAAUGUUGUUCCACCUGUGUCUCAAAUAGCAACCAGUACGGUACAAAAAGCAAAAGGUCUCGGAGCGAAAUUGUUGCAGAGCUGGUCACUCAGUGCCGGGAAAUCCCUGAUAUCGCAAGGCUCAAGGUUUGCUCGCACUUCCGAUGGAAAGGGUAAUAGUCAACGGCAAUCGGACGAUUGUCAGAGCGUCAGCGAUGAACGUCGUGGCGAUCACAAGUGCGCGAGUCAAGCGCCGUGUAACGACAAGGAGAAUCGUGGUAACGGCUCGAUCAACGAGUGUAAGAGGAACGAGUGUAAGAACAGGAAGAUUCGGUUGUUGAGUCGUUACUUUGCCGUGCACAAGAAGCUCUGCGUACCGCUGCCAGGUAUCUUUGGCAAGGGACGCCUCUACAAGGCUCGCUCGUGCGGUAGCAUCACUCGCGAUCGUGUUAGUCCGCCGUCGCCUAAAUCAGUGCUGCUAGUCGAGGACAAGUGGCGGGAACGUCGUCAGUGGUGCGAUGCCGCGACAAAGCAGCAUCGCGGUAGCGAUGGCGAUAUAAAUCAGAAUUUAGGCCUCGCGCAUCUAGUGCAGGAGAACAUCGUCGGUAAGGGCUGCGCCGGCAUGCCCAACGUGUGCCACAUUCACCUCGGAGACGCUUCCAAGUGUUGUAGCCUUUGUUGAUGAAUCGUUUCCGCUUGAAAGAGAACUCGCUUAGAUAUUCAAGAUGAGAGACGUAUGAACGCGGGUAGGUAAAGGCCAGGUCCGUUCUCUGGUGCCAGUGGCGUAGCUAGAUGGCAUGUGCGCGCGGAAUUUCUUUCGCGACAAUCUCUUUUCGAUACUACUUUAAUUUCUAGCGAGUUAUUUUUGUCGAUACCGAAAUAUUUUUAUAGGUUGAAAGAUCUGAGAGAUAUAUUUUUUCUUUUUUUCUUAAAAAACUGCAAUCCAAAACGGCAUAGAUGCUGUAUCUCUGACACAUCUUAAAGAGAACAAUAGCUAUUCAUUUCUAAAUACAGAACCGAGUCAGAUCUCUCAAGGAAUCAUUUCGUAAGCAAUUCAGAGUGCAAAAAAUAUUGAUAAUUAAUAUUUCCCGAAAGACAUGAUCUGUUUUUCGCUGAUGCCGAAGUUACGUUAAGUUAAGGACGCGCAACUGAUAUUUAUUGCGCGAGUGGUAAUUGCUAACCACAAUAUUAAAGAUUACGUGACUCUGGUCUGCCAUCAACGUAUUUGACUGAUCACAUCAUAUCCCCGCUGGUCUGUAGAGCACAGGGAUCAAGACAACAAUAAGAGAAAAAAAAGAUGGAGCGUAUCGAUUUGUCGAUCGUUCUGAGAGAGCUGUAUCUAGUCCAUGUGA